CAUCAGUAGCUCAAUAUGUCUCUCAGGUUUGUGCUCGCAGCGUGUCUGGUGAUGGUGGCCCUCGCUGACCGCCCCGCACCUUACCACCCGCCCCCCACCUACGGCCACCCCGCCCCGCCACAUCCAGAGUCUCCUCCCAAGUACACGUACAACUACGGCGUGGCUGACGACUACUCCGGCACCAACUUCGGCCACUCUGAGAGCCGCGACGGGUACAAGACCGAGGGUAGCUACACCGUGAACCUCCCCGACGGGCGCAUUCAGACCGUCACCUACGUGGACAACGGCGACGGGCUGGAGGCUGUGGUCACCUACGAGGGGGAGCCGAAGUACCCAGAACACUCAUCUUACCCCGCCCCACCCCCUCCGUCUUACCCAGCCCCACCCCAGCCUUCCUACCCUGCCCCACUUCCCGCUGAGCCCGCCCACCCCGAGGAAUAGGUCCUCCACCCAUGAUUUCAACUCUGUUUUCGGCGUGUCUUGCAGAGGUCAAGCAGACUGACCAGUGAGGUGAACAAUCACUUCACUAACUCUGCCGACCCUCCGCUGUCACCCUUACAACAUCGUGACCCUGGCGCCUCACGCAACUUAUUUUCCAUCGUAAACUCUUCUUCUCCACUUUACGGAGAACAGCAAUGUAACCUCUGUAAAUAUUUAUGAAAUAUAUAUACUUCUGAAAUCA